CACGGUGCUUACAUUAAUGCCAAGGGCAUAAAGAAAUCGACACCACUUCAUGUAGCUACGAAGAAUGGUCGUGUAAAAAUGACUGAAUUUCUCAUCGAACAUGGUGCUGGUGUCAACGCUAUAGAAAUCGAUAGUUGGACGCCUCUUCAUUUGGCUGCAGAAAAUGACCAUGUGAAAGUCGCAGAAAUUCUCAUCAAUCAUGGAGCCGAGGUAGAUGCUAAAAACAUUAAUAAAAGUGUGCCACUUCAUGUGGCUUCAAAGAAUGGUCAUGUAAAAGUGGCAGAAAUGCUCAUCAAACACGAUGCAAAUGUCAAUGUCACAGAUGAAUUUGGAUUCACACCUCUUCAUUUGGCUGCAUCAAAUGGUGAUAAGAAUAUGGUUGAAUUUCUCAUCGAAAAGGGCGGCGACGUGAAUGCAAAAGACGUUAAUGGAUUCACGCCAUAUGACAAGGCAAAAACUAAUGGUAACGACGAAGUCGCAAAAAUCCUCAUGGAACAUGGCGGGAAUCCAAAAGAAACCACCAAAGACAAUAAUUCAUUGAUUUAUAUCAUCGUUGGUGUUGUGGCAUUGAUUUUAGUAUCGGCGAUUUCGAUUACUUGUUUAUACGUGCGAAUGAGACGGAAGAACGAAGUGAUACGCAAACUGAAUGCAAUCGAAUUGAAAUGUUUUGAACUAGGCAAUGUAGAUGGUAUAAGCUCAAAUCUAACGUUAGAUGAACAAGCCGAUCUGUUGCCCUACGACAGAAAGUAUGAAUUUCCUCGCGAAAAACUGAAGCUCGGAGCACAGCUUGGCGGUGGUGCUUUUGGUGUUGUCUAUGAGGGAAUCGCAGAUAGCAUUUUACCAAAUGAGAAGAACACAAAAGUGGCCGUCAAAAUGGUUAAACGAAUGUCAAAUGACGAGAUAUUGCGUGCUCUAAUUAUGGAAUUGAAAAUUAUGGUACAUUUGGGCCAACAUUUGAAUCUAGUCAACUUACUUGGUGCGGUCACCGACAAUAUCACACGAUACGAUAUGAUGAUCAUAGUUGAAUACUGUAGAUACGGUUGUCUGCAAAGUAUCUUAAUCAAAAGCCGAUCAUCAUUCAUCGAUCAGAUUAAUCGUGAAACAGAUACAGUUGAUUCAAGCAUAAAUGCAAGAAAACAACGCGUAGAAAACAGUGCAGGUGUUGAUAACAACGACAGUUAUCAAACGGAUUACCAAUCGGUGGACAAUUCAUUAUACGUUCGUGAUCCAAUUGAUGGGGAUCACCAAUCGAUUGCCAAUUCAUUAUACGUUCAAGACCCAAAUGAUGGGAAUCACCAAUCGAUUGCCAAUUCAUUAUACGUUCGAGACCCAAAUGAUGAGCACCACCAAUCAGUAGACAAUUCGCACAGUGGGAAUUGCUCAGCAGAUGAUGUAGGCACAUCCAGCAAUUUGAUUGAUUCUGAUCCAAUGCCGCAAAUUACAACGAUCGAUCUACUAUGUUGGUCUUUUCAAAUAACGCGUGGAAUGCAUUAUUUGGCAUCACGCAAAAUGAUGCAUGGCGAUUUAGCGGCAAGAAAUAUUCUUUUGUGUAACGAAAACGUCAUAAAAAUUUGUGAUUUCGGUUUGGCUCGAUCGUUGUACAAAACUGAAGUUUACCGUAAGAAUAAAGAGGCACUGCUUCCAUUCAAAUGGUUGGCACUUGAAUCGAUCAAAGAUCACUUGUUUAGUAUUCAGACUGACGUCUGGGCUUUCGGAAUAGUGCUUUGGGAAUUGUUUUCGCUUGGGACGUCGCCAUAUCCUGGUUUGUCAGGCCAAGAUUUUUACGAAAAAUUACUGGACGGCUAUAGAUUGGAGAAGCCUGACUUUGCCACUCAAGACAUACAUGACAUAAUGUUAUCAUGUUGGCGGGUCAAUCCCGAGUUGCGACCAUCAUUCGAUGGUCUUGGGAGAAGUAUCUCCAUGCUUUUGGACACCAGUGUUACCGAACGUUUUGUGAAUUUAAACGAACCAUAUUUAAAAGCAAACGUGGCGAAGUACGAAAGCGGAAAAACAGACUAUAUAGCUUUGAUGGGAACACCCAAUUUUCAAGCACCUCCUAUACCAUCUGUACCAGCUGCACUAUCCGAUCAAUCCGCACCAUCCACAUCAACACUUGAAUUCAAUACAAUGGUUGAAUGUCAUCAACAACCAGACAAAUCAUCAACAACUGCAAAAGAUACUUAUGUAUAGAAUCAAUUUGUGCAGAUUUUCCUCUAUGGAUCCAUCUGCCAAUGAAAGGAAUGACUUAGUUCUCAUCUGAAUUCUACUGAAAAAUAAUUAGUCGGAAAAUGUCAAUAAAAAAACAGUCAAUUAACAAUUUAUAAAACCAAAA